AGUCAGUCUUUUCCGUGCUGACCCGGGUCCUGGAGCCACCACUGUCACCGCUGAGUCCCAGUCCGCUGACGAUGGAGAGCGCGCUGGCGAUGCUCCGGCUACCCCCUCACGACCCGGGGACGCCCGCGCUGUCGGUAGUGGACAUGCACACGGGCGGCGAGCCCCUGCGUGUCGUGCUGGCCGGGUGUCCGGAGGUGGUCGGGCCCACUCUGCUGGCCAAGCGGCGCUACAUGUGCCAGCACCUGGACUUCGUGAGGCGAAGGCUCAUGUUGGAGCCCCGGGGCCACCGGGACAUGUACGGGGCGGUCCUGGUGUCCAGCGAGCUGUCCGAUGCCCACCUGGGGGUCUUAUUUCUGCACAACGAGGGCUACAGCUCCAUGUGCGGCCACGCAGUGCUGGCCCUGGGACGCUUUGCUCUGGACUUCGGCCUGGUGCAGGCGCCCCCGGCCGGAACACGGGAGGCCCGUGUCAACAUCCACUGCCCUUGCGGGCUGGUGGCCGCCUUCGUGGCCUGUGAGAAUGGUCGCAGCUGCGGCCCUGUGCGCUUCCACAGCGUCCCGGCCUUCGUGCUGGCCUCAGAUCUUGUGGUGGAUGUUCCUGGGCAUGGAAAGGUGGUAGUGGACAUUGCAUAUGGUGGAGCAUUUUAUGCAUUUAUCAGUGCAAAAAACUUAGGACUUGAUCUGUGUUAUUCAAAGACAAGAGACCUUGUGGAUGCAGCUAGUGUGGUGACAGAUGCAGUGAAGUCUCAGUUUAAAAUUAGGCAUCCUGAGAGUGAAGACCUGGCUUUUCUGUAUGGAACUAUAAUAACAGAUGGGAAAGAUGCUUUCAGUGAGGACCCCACCACCAACAUCUGUGUGUUUGCAGAUGAACAGGUGGACAGAAGCCCUACCGGCUCCGGAGUGACAGCUCGAAUUGCCUUACAGUACCACAAAGGUCUUCUUGGACUGAACCAGACCAGAGCCUUCAAAAGCUGUGUAACUGGCUCAGUGUUCACAGGGAAGGCUGUUAGGGAAGCAAAGUGUGGUGACUUUAAAGCUGUGGUAGUGGAAGUGUCCGGACGAGCCCAUUACACAGGGACCGCAAGCCUGACCAUAGAGGACGAUGACCCACUAAAGGACGGCUUUCUGCUCAAGUGACCUCCUCCAUGAUUUUAAGGGCCUUUCUUCUAAAGUAAUUGUUAUCUAUAAGUAACUUUGUCUCUUAAUGAUGUAGAAACCAAUAUCUAGUAUGCAUGUAAGCUAAUUUCCAUUCUGUCUAAAUACCACACUGUGGCUGCUUUGAAAGUCAUUAUACUUAUAAUUUUCCAAUGUAUUUGGUAUGUUUAGCAUACAAAGUGCUAAAAAUUCAGAUUUUCCUAGAUAUUAACUUACCAUACAAAAUGAAAACCUGUAUUACUCCUAAAACAUUAUUCUAUGGUAAUGACUAUAGUAUUUUGUCAUAAAAGCUCUUUAAGUAAUAUCUAUAAUUAUAGGACAAUGGAUUCUACAAGCUUAUCAAAGUUGGAGCAAAAAUGCUCUCCAUAAGCUGCAUGGAAACAAGAUGGAGUACUGGAAGGUUCUCAACACUCGGCAUACCCGGCUGGGAAGGAUGGGGGUGGGGGGGCCGGUUCUUUGAAUAGGCAUACGGUAUUGUAACAGUUUAUAGGGUGGCCUCUGAGUUACAAAGCCCAUCUCAAUACUCAUUGGUAUCCAUGUGCCAUAAAUGGAUGCAAAGACCAAAUGUUAAUCAAAUUUUUGCUAUUACUUUAAGGCUUUAAAAAAAAUUGUGCUGGGAAUUAAACCUAGGUCCUCAUUCAUGCUAAGCACUCACUCACAAAUAUGCCUCUAGUUUCUUUAAAGCUUUUAUAAAAAGACUUGUAUAGUGUAUUAGUGAACUACAAUAAGACAGUGGAAAUCAAUCCAUGAGCCUAGUGCUGGUGACUUGUUUCGGUAUCUCCAAAAUAAUCAGCAAAAAGCAGGGAUGGAAGCAUGGCUCAAGUAGUAGAGUGCCAGCC